CUGUCUUCAUCAUCAUUCUUCUUGACAGGUGCUCGCAAUGGCGCCGCACCAACAACAGCCGCCGCCACCGUCGUGCUACGAGUCGCAUGCUUUGAGCCUCGAGUAUGGAAGCCUCGAUGCUGAUUUGUUCUUGGAUGCGGUGGAUUCUGAACCCUUCGUGCCGUAUUCAGCUGGCGUCUCGUCGAAUGGCUCGACGUGCCGCAGCAACACCCCGUACGACUCGAGUCGAUCCGGCCCCGUCGUGGAUAGCAAACCAGCGCCUACUUUGGCCAAGAAGGGCGAAAAGCGAAAACAACAGAUUCGAGAAGCCUCGCGCCGCUGCCGCAUCAAGCAAAAGGACGAAGUCGCGUACCUACGCCUUCGCGUGAAUGAGAUGGAACAAGUUCUGCGCGACCUCUCAGCCUCCUCAUCCUCGGCUUUGUCUACCGCUACGUCGGACAAGGAUGCGGAAGUGUCCUCGUUGCGGCGGCACAACCAGCACCUCACUCUCGCCCUCGAACACACGACCAAACAAUUGCGGUUCAUCCAAACUCUCAUGCAGGAAACCAUUCACACCGCGACGUCGUUGUCCACGUCACCACCACCACGUCCGUCGUCACAGCCAGCACCUUCCGAAGAACCAGUGCAUGCCGACAAAGCGAAUGCGAUGGCAGCACUUGCCGCAACCGCCGCCGCCGGCUUGAUGUCAUUUGUGGUGGAGAAAGGGGUGCAAGUGAUGUCGAUCAGUUCCAUCAACUGGGUCGGCGACGUGUGGAUGGAAGGGUCGCAAGUCCGGUUUGCCCUAACCAAGUCGUUUUCAGGAGCCAUGUCCAGGACAGACAUGGCAGACCGCGUAUGGCGCGCGACCACCGCCCUCCCGCGCUGCGGCACAUCCCAUUACACGUUGAUCUCCCAGGAAUGCGUCAUGGACAUCCAUCCGUCGUCCCUUCGCGUCAUGAGGCGCGUGGAAUCGCUCAUGGAAAUGCGGCUCCUGGAACACUGGUCCGUGGUGUUUCGGCAUGAAGUGGACGCACACUCGACGCUGGUGGGCAGUCAGUCCGUGGCCCCGUUUAGCUCUGCCCAGUACACACUUGGCAAGGAACAGCAAGGCAUUCUGGUCACGACCACCGACGACGCGGUGCACGCCGAGCUCCGAGGGAUGUACGAGUGCGUCGGCGUGCCCGAGUCGGAAGUCGCCGCCCGCGUCUCGAAAGACAUCCUGUCGAUCCUUGUGCUUGCCGAAUCCACUCUUGUUGGCGCGAACGUCGUCCCUGGUCGUGAAGUCCCUCGUGAAAACAUGAACCUGUAUGUCCACUAGAAAUGUAUACCCGAUGGCUUUUGCUUUGGCUGGAAGGGUACUACUGUCGUGUUGGUCGUCAAGGGGUUGGAUACAUGAACCAUAAAAGGACCUGUGAUCCGUUUAAUUAGAAAACAACUUUGAUGUAUUAGUAUUAAUCGUAUUU